AUGCAGACGCAGGAUAGGCAGCUACUGCGGCGGUUCCUACAGAUCCAGGCUGGCAUACACCUGCUGACCCUUCACCCACGCUCCCGCAGUACACGCUGCCACACCUACAGCCACCACGCGCCCGCCGAUGACGUCAGCGAUGACGUCAUAGCGCAGAACCGCGACCGCGUCGACCUGUACGCGGCCGACUAUGUCGAUGACGUCACGAUGACGUAUGAGACGUGGCCGAGGCGGCCGCGGCAGCGAGCGAGGAUGCAGAGUGAGCCGGAGCAUCUAGUGAGAACGGAGUACGACUCCGUCACGUCCUGCCUACCUAGGUUCGGUCUUCAUCCUGAAGAAUACGAAGCGGAUGAGGAUGAGGAUGAGGAGGCAGAGGAAGAGGAUGCUGACACGCCCACGAACAGCGACGCCGAGCCUGUCUUCUCUCCCCAGCAUAAACACUACUUCCCGUGCUCCCCUCCCCCCGACUUCGCUCCUCCCAAACCUCCCCGCACGUACGCCAGCGGCGGGGGCGGCGGCGGCGGCGUUGCCAUGGCAGCGGGGAAUCCUGUCAGUCGUGUAGAUAGACAGGGUGCUUACGUAGAUAUCUACGAUAUCAGUGAUGAGGAUGUAAGGAAGCGGAGCAGGCUGUGGCGGGAGGCGGAGCGGGAGAAGCAGACGACGGGAAGCGUCGACAAGAAAAUCGUAGCCGCCCUAAGCGUCAUCAUGUGAGGACGACAGCUGGUGCCAUCUACCGCCGAGUGUAAUCAUUAAUUGAAAUGUUAUCCGUUAAAUUUUAAUGUUUAUUUCGUAUUCGUUUACGGGUGCAGCGGUGCGAGCGACGGCCCUCGCUACUCACAGUUAACCUUCCGUGACAAGACGAAGGGAACGUGCGCUGGUAUAGCGUCGGGUUCUGGACUCCCUUCUCCACGAAUAGCUCUCAUAUCUAACCAGCCAAAAAAAAAAAUACAAAUAUAAAAUA